AUGGGUCAGAUAGAGUCCUUGAUCGGCCUUAUCCCAGGAGGUGGUGGUACUCAGUUCCUCUCGCGAACUCUCGGCACGGCCAAAGCGCUCGAGUUGUGUCUGGAAGGCAAGACACUCUCUUCCACCGAGGCACUGCAACUCGGUUUGGUCAACCGAGUGACUCCAGCCGAAGAUUUGCUUCCCACGGCCAUCGACGUGGCCAAGAGUCUUGCCAGACGCAGUCCGUAUGCGAUCCAAGCCAUCAAGGACUCGAUUCAUGUUGGCGGCUCGCAGUCUCUUUCCGAAGGGUUGCUGCGCGAGCAGGGCUGGUUCGGAGGUGCUGUUUUGGUGGAAGAGACGCACGAAGCGAUGAAGAAGUACACGCGCAGCAUCCAAGAAGAAAGGCCACAAUCUCCCGAGGACUUUGAGCAGUACCUGCAGCCUCUGGGCAACGGGACCUUUUUCGACUUUACCCCCGGCUCAGCCAGAUCUGUGACCAGCUCGAAGGAGGUUAAAAUUGACUAG